UUUUUAUUUUUCUAAACCCAGUUUGAUUGUUCUUUCGACAAUCGUCGAGAAUCGAAGGGGUUUUCUGCUCCGAAGCUCUUUAGUCAGUCAUUAGGAAGAAGAGCCCUUUAAUCAAACAUACAUGAUACAGCGUUGAUAGAGAGUCAGACACAGAGAGGUAGAACGAGAGAGAGCGAGAGGCAUGGAAAUGGAGUUCGAGCCCCGGGUGAAACCUUUGCCAUACAAGGUGAAAUCCACAUCGCGGGAGUCCCCGUCUCAGAAGGCCACUCACGUCCUCGAUUCCGACCUCCGCACCCACUGGUCCAGCGGCACCAACACCAAAGAGUGGAUUUUACUAGAACUCGACGAACCUUGCCUGCUAUCACAUGUACGGAUUUAUAACAAGUCUGUGCUUGAAUGGGAAAUUGCAGUUGGCUUGCGUUACAAGCCAGAGACAUUUGUUAAAGUUCGCCCGCGCUGUGAAGCACCUCGACGUGACAUGGUGUACCCCAUGAACUACACCCCAUGUCGCUAUGUGCGAAUAUCGUGUUUGCGGGGAAAUCCCAUAGCUAUUUUCUUUAUUCAGCUGAUUGGUGUUUCGGUUACUGGUCUUGAUCCUGAAUUUCAACCAGUUGUUAAUUAUUUGUUACCUCAAAUCAUAUCACACAAACAAGAUGCUCAUGAUAUGCAUCUUCAGUUGCUUAAAGAUCUGACAGAUCGGUUGCUUGUGUUCCUUCCACAACUUGAGGCAGACCUUACAAGCUUUUCUGAUUCUGCUGAGCCUAAUUUACGUUUUCUUGCCAUGCUUUCUGGUCCAUUUUAUCCAAUACUCCACAUUGUGAAUGAACGAGCAACAGGAAAGUCUCUCAGCAAUAUUGCAGACUCUGAAGGCUCUAAGAAUAGUCAGCUAUCAUCGGCCUUAACUGUUUCUUCUAACUUUGAGCCUCAGAGGUCACGCAUGUCACCUUUUGUCUUUUCCACAUCCAGUUCCAUUGCAUUUCGUCCUGAUUCGAUUUUCGUGCUGUUGAGAAGGGCAUAUAAAGAUUUUGAUCUGGGAACUGUUUGCAGAAUGGCUUCCAGAAUCCUUCAGAAGUUCAUAGAGCCUGUUACAGUGCAAGAAGCAUCAACCUCUCCUAAUGCAGCAACCCCUAAUGAGGACGAGACAUCAAAACCUGAAUUAUCUAAUUCAUUUCCUGUAGUAGAUUACUCAGAUUUGUUUGGAGAAGAAUUCCGUAUUCCUGUUGAUCCUUGGGACUCCAGCUAUCUUAACAUCUUAGAUUUAGGGGAAGUGGAAGAGGGGAUUUUACAUGUUCUUUAUGCUUGUGCGUCACAGCCUCUACUGUGCAGCAAAUUGGCAGAGGGAACUUCUGACUUCUGGUUUGCAUUACCACUUGUACAAGCAUUGCUACCAGCACUUCGCCCUACUGUGAACAGUCCUUUUGAUGUUGUUGAUGAAAGUUUUUCGCAAUGGAAGCAACCUAUUGUGCAACAAGCCCUAUCUCAGAUUGUGUCGACAUCGGCAUCAUCAUUAUACCGUCCACUUCUUCAUGCCUGUGCUGGCUAUUUAUCAUCAUUUUCACCAUCACAUGCAAAGGCUGCAUGCGUUCUGAUUGAUCUGUGUGCCAGUGCAUUUGCACCUUGGAUGGCUCAAGUGAUUGCAAAGAUUGAUCUGGCUGUGGAACUUCUAGAGGAUCUCUUGGGUAUAAUCCAGAGUGCUCGCCAUUCCCUAGCUCGUGCUCGGGCCGCCUUAAAGUACCUUCUUCUUGCUCUGUCCGGUCAUAUGGAUGAUAUACUUGGGAAGUAUAAGGAAGCUAAGCACAGAAUUCUUUUUCUUGUGGAGAUGCUUGAGCCUUUUCUUGAUCCUGCCAUAACCACCAUGAAGAGCACACUACCUUUUGGAGAUAUUUCUUCUACUUUUCUGGAAAAGCAAGAACAUGCUUGUGUGAUUGCCAUCAAUGUUAUCCGUACAGCUGUAAGAAAACCAGCUGUUCUUCCUUCUUUAGAAUCUGAAUGGAGGCGUGGCUCGGUGGCUCCUAGCGUACUUCUCUCAAUACUGGAACCUCACAUGCAGUUGCCUCCUGAAAUUGAUCUUCGCAAGUAUCCUAUGUCGAAACCACUUGAGCCUGAUUCUUCAAGUAUUUUACAUCUUUCCUCUGUCCCUUGCGAAGGAGGAGCUUCUUCAAAAUCAAAUAGCCAAGAUGACUAUGAUGGAAGGGCAGAUAGUUCUGAUGCAGCUAUGAAGACUGAUGUUUCUGAAGACGCCCGUCUAUUUUUUGCACCUCUAGAACUUCAGAGCAUAGCUCUGACAAAUUUUACUGGUGGUCAAGACGAGAACGGCCCUGUUUCUAACCAUGAGGAGGCCAUCUCAGAUCCAAUGCAGGGGACUGAGGAAAAUGUUACUCACCGGAUUCGUACUGACUUAGCAUUAGAUGCUGGUUUCACUGCUGAAUACUUUAACUUACAAGCAGAUUAUUUACAACUAAUAAAUUAUCGAGACUGUGAGCUAAGAGCUUCUGAGUUUCGGCGUUUGGCUUUGGAUCUACACUCUGAGAGUGAGAUUACAGAUGAGGGUCACGAUGCUGCUAUAGAUGCUUUGCUCCUAGCAGCAGAGUGCUAUGUCAAUCCCUAUUUUAUGUUGUCUUUUAAAGGCAGUCCAAAAUUUAUGGACCAGAUGAACAUUAGCAAGGCUAGAAUUCCCCAAAAUCAUGACAUUUUGGAGCUGAGAAUGGUUUCUGAAAAAAGUAUAACCAAUCUAAAACAAAUAGCUCAUCUUGAAAAGAAAAGAGACAAAAUUGUUCUUCAAAUACUGAUUGAGGCCGCUGAAUUAGACAGGAAGUAUCAGGAGAGAAUGUCAGUUGAGGGACAAUGUUCCUCCUACACUGAAGGAUUUGACGAGAAAGUUAUCCAGCUAUCUCCCCUGGAUAUACAAUUGGCUGAUGCUAUCACGUUGGUUCGGCAAAAUCAGGCCCUGUUGUGCAACUUUCUGAUUCAACGAUUGCGGAGAGAGCAACAUUCUAUGCAUGAAAUUCUGAUGCAAAGUCUUGUGUUUUUGUUGCAUUCAGCCACUAAGCUGUACUGUGCUCCUGAAUAUGUGAUCGAUAUAGUGUUAGGAUCUGCUGAGUACUUAAAUGGUAUGCUAACAUCCCUUUAUUGUCAGUUUAAAGAUGGCAAUUUACAACUGGAGCCUGAGAAAAUACAUGGGAUACAACGACGGUGGAUGCUUCUUCAAAGACUGGUAACCGCUUCAAGCAGUGGUGAUGAAGGGGCAGGCUUUGUGAUCAAUAUCAACAAUGGUAUUCGUUAUGGAAAUUUAGUUCCACCUUCAGCCUGGAUGCAGAGAAUAUCAACCUUUUCAAGAUCUGCAUUCCCUCUGGUCAGAUUUCUUGGUUGGAUGGCAGUCUCUCGUAAUGCGAAACAGUACAUGAAGGACCGUCUUUUCCUUGCUUCAGAUCUGUCACAUCUGACAUACUUACUGUCAAUAUUUGCAGAUGAUCUAGCCCUAGUAGAUAAUGUUGUCAAUCGAAAGUAUGAAUAUGUAAAGAUUGAAGAGUCAGGAGACAAAAAAUUUUCUUCAGAUAGAAAAGGAUUUGCUAAUGAACGUUAUGAGGACCAAUCUUUCCGUGUCAUCUAUCCUGAUCUCAGUAAGUUUUUCCCUUCGAUGAAAAAACAAUUUGAAGCUUUUGGGGAGAUCAUUUUGGAGGCAGUUGGGUUGCAACUGAGAUCAUUUUCUUCAAAUAUGGUGCCUGAUAUCUUGUGUUGGUUUUCUGAGUUGUGUUCCUGGCCGUUUUCUCAUGGGGACAAAAUUGCUUCUCAAAAUGGUUCUAGUAAAUGGAAAGGUUAUGUUGCAAAGAAUGCCAAAGCUGUAAUUCUUUAUAUACUUGAAGCCAUUAUAACUGAGCACAUGGAAGCGAUGGCACCUGAGAUACCUAGAGUAGUGCAGGUGCUGGUAUCACUUUGUGGAACUGGAUACUGCGAUGUAUCAUUUCUCGACUCUGUACUGCGUCUGUUGAAACCAAUUGUUUCAUAUUCUUUACAUAAAAUGUCUGAUGAGGAAAGAUUCCUGCCUGAUGAUUCUUGUCUUAAUUUUGAGUCAUUAUGCUUUGAUGAGCUUUUAGACAAUAUCAGACAAAAGAAAGAGGAUCAAAAUAGUUCUGCAGAAAAAGUGUGCAGCCAAGCAUUGACAAUUUUUAUUUUGGCUUCUGUCUUCUGCGAUUUGUCCAUUCAAUGCAAAAGGGAAAUUUUGCAGUCCUUAAUUAUUUGGGCUGAUUUUACUGCAUUUGAGCCAACAACUUCUUUCCAUGACUAUCUAUCUGCAUUCCAGAGGGUAAUUGAAAGUUGCAAAGCUGUGUUAGUUCAAACUUUGAGAAUGUUUGGUGCUAUCCCUCUUCAGUUGCCCCCCUUUUCUGAUGCGAUGAGCAGUCCACUCCCUGGUACUAGCUUGGGAUCGCAUGCAUGGUUUCUCAGUGAUGUCUGCCAUAGCUCAUGUCUGAAUGAGGAUUCUGAGAAGUUAGGAAAUGAAAGCUCUAAUGCUGCUAUUGUGAAUGAAAAGGUUUAUCAUUUAUCAACAGAGGAAAUAGCAGAAUUUUCUAAAGAUUUGGAAGCUUUAAUUUCCAAGCUGAACCCUACUGCCGAGCUCUGCUGGAAUCUUCACCCCCAACUGGCUAAGAAAUUGACUAUUUCUUUGGCAGAGUGUUUUAUGUACUCUAGAUGCUUAUCUUUGAUUGCACAGCAGGUUCACAAUGCUGCAGAGGAUGACAGUAAAAGUCAUUUUCCGUUUCAUUCGGCUGACCAGUUCUCAGAUCAUUGGAAGACUGCUCUAGAAGGACUUGCUGAACUCAUAAUGAUACUCCAAGCAAACAGCUGCUGGGAAGUUGCUUCCGUGAUCCUUGAUUGCCUACUUGGAGCACCGGACUGUUUUUCCCUGGAUAAUGUGAUUGCUUCUAUCUGUUCUGCAAUUAAAAGCAUUUCUUGCAGUGCACCAAAAAUUUCAUGGCGCUUGCAGACUGAUAAAUGGUGUUCGAUUUUACUUGGAAGAGGUAUCAAUACUCUUCAUGAAAGUGUGGAUCAUCUGGUUGACUUGUUCUGUACAAUGUUGGGUCAUCCUGAACCUGAGCAACGUUUUGUAGCACUUCACCACUUGGGAAAGCUUGUUGGCACUGACGUGAAUGAAGGAACAGCUAUUCGGUCUUCAAUGUUUUGCAAAAAUUUAGUUUCACCCGGCUUGGUUAUUUCUGUUCCCGAGUCUAUUCUAUCUCAUCUUGUUUCAAGCACAUGGACUUGGGUGGCAGUGCUGGCAUCAUCUGAUACGUCGCUACCAUUAAGGAAUUGUGCACUGGCAGUUCUCAUAGAUUAUAUCCCAUUCGCUGAGCGUCACCAGUUGCAAUCGUUUCUUGCUGCAGCUGAUAGUGUUUAUGGUUUGGGAAAGCUUGCACACCCAACAUGUGAGGGCUCGUUACUACAACUUUCAUUAGCACUCAUAUCUGCUGCUUGUCUGUACUCUCCUGCUGAAGAUAUUUCUUUGAUUCCUCAAAAUGUGUGGAGAAAUAUUGAGGCGUGGUCAAAAACUGAUAGUAAGCUUGGGGAUCUGGAGAAAAAGGCUUGCCAAGUCUUGUGUAGAUUGAGAAAUGAAGGAGAUGAAGCUAAACAGGUCUUGAAUGAAGUGCUUUCUUCAAGUUCUUCAAGACAAUCUGAUCCAGAUUUUGGGAGUACCCGAGAAUCAAUCCUUCAGGUUCUUGCAAAUCUAACUUCUGUUCAGUCGUAUUUUGAUAUCUUCUCCAGAAAAAUUGACGAAGAGGUCUUGGAACUAGAGGAGGCUGAAAUGGAAUUGGACAUCCUUCAAAAAGAACACUCACUACAAGAAGAUUCCAAAGAUGUGCCUCAAAUUCCUUGUCAAGCCUCUCCUAUGAAAGAUGUUACACGCCUUCGUCAAAUCAAGGAUUGCAUUCAUUCCCUAGAGAAGUCUGUACUCCGAGAGGACAUAGUAGCCCGGAGGCAAAAGAAAAUUAUUAUGGGACGUGCCCGUCAGAAAUACUUGGAAGAGGCAGCUUUAUGCGAAGCAGAACUUCUGCAAGAACUUGAUAGGGAGAGGGCAGCAGAAGUGGAAAAGGAGAUUGAGAGACAACGGUCGCUUGCACUUGAGCGUGCUAAAACCAAGGAGCUGCGCCACAAUCUUGAUUUGGAGAAGGAGAGGCAAACACAAAGAGAACUCCAGCGAGAAUUGGAACUGGCUGAAUCGGGAUUACGAACAUCUCGACGAGAUUUUUCUGCCACUGGUCACAGUAGUCGACCAAGGGAAAGGUAUCGUGAAAGGGAAAAUGGAAGAUCCAGUAAUGAAGGGAGCGCAAGAGGUAGUGGAAGCCUACAACCUGAAACUUCUACCAGUAGUACGUCAGUGAUGCCAACUGUUGUUCUGCGGCAAUUUUCUGGCCAGCUGCCAACUAUUUUACAGUCGCGUGAUCGCCCAGAUGAGAGCGUUAGCAGUUAUGAAGAGAAUGUAGAUGGAAGCAAGGACUCUGGUGACACAUGUAGUGUUGGGGAUCCGGAGUUGGUGUCAGCGUUCGAUGGACCGUCGGGUGGAUUUGGGUCUGCGCAAAGGCAUGGAUCCAGAGGGAGCAAGUCUAGGCAGGUGGUAGAGCGGAGAGAACGGGAAGGUAGGCGUGAAGGGAAGUGGGAAAGAAAACAUUCAUAACUCGGGGCCCGGAAAUGGACCUGAAAGUGAGGAUUACUCGUAUAUUAGAGGGUAAUGUUUGUUCUUAAUGCUUGUAAAUAUACGGGGCUCGAAUAGUGAUAUUAACAUCAUCCACUCCCUGUAAUUUUAUUCGGAUUCAAGCGGAGUAGCAUAUUUAUGCAACACAAGCUGAAUAACACUUUUAAGACACCGUACGUAAUAAUCUCAGUUGCAACCUUAAUUA